AGGGCCGGGGUGUGGUAAGAACUCCGCACAGGAAUUUUUGUCAUCACCCAUGGAUGUGUGAAACCCCCCUCCCCAAAAAACAAAAAGAAAAACAAAAAUGAUGGUAACGUGCUGAAAUGGCAUCAUUGUCAUUUCAUCACACUUCAGGGGCAAAUAAUCCAAACUGCUUCCCUUUCCCAGAUGCCCGUAGAGGCCAGUGACAAAGAAAACUUACCAGAACGCACAGAGCUCUCUCUGAAACUAAAAAUGGCGUUCGCUUAUCGGAAAGAGGUUUACUUCGUGGCUUAAAUCACUCCAUGUAUGACCAGGUGUGUAUGUUACUAUAUUUGCAAGUUUAGAAGUAUGGGUUAGGAAAGAGGAUGUUUCGUAUGUGGCGGUGAACUAUUGGUGUACUAUAGUUGGGGAAAGUUGUGAAGGAAGCAAUUGGACCAGACUAUGCUGUGAGAGCAGUCACUUGAUACUAUCAAUGAGCAGGAUGUUGAUUCCCAGAGGCUCACAGUUUUCGGCUGGUAAAAUGUAAACAAGAACAAGCAGGGUAUCGUGAAUAAUCAGUUUUCGCAGAUUCAGACCUUGAAGAGUGAUGAAGAUCCUGAUUGUGCUUUGCGGCUGAUCAAUAUAUACUUGCUUGAUGUUGAAAGAAUGUUAUCAGAAUUGACAAGCCUCAGUGAUUUACCUGAUGUUGAUUUUUCCAAAUUGGCUACACUGGCUCGCAGUAUAGAGGAGAAAAGCUCAUUAGUUGGUGCGGAACAUGUGAGAAGUGCGUGUGCUGAUCUCAUUCAGGCUUGCGAACGGAUGCACAAGCAAAAUUUCCUCCGAGCCCUAGGUUGGAUAAAGAAUGAAUUCGCUCAUACCCGAAACAAGCUGGACUCCUUUGUUCAGGUACUCCACAACGUCGAUUUUGCCAUCUCCCCAUUGACUAUAUCUUUACUAGAUGGAGAGGAGGAUUUUCAGAGUCGAAGGCAGAGAAGUGAAGUAGAGAGAGCUUGUGUGCAGUCAAAUCUCCUCCAAGAGUGUGAGCUUCAUAAGGAUGUUUGCUUUCUUAGAAUAAAAGUACUAAACGAAACUCUGCUGCUGUCUUUGUACUUGUUGCAUCUUUUCGCUUGGAAUGCUUUUCUAUAAUAAAAGGGAGUAUUGUUGCUCACCACAUUAACCAAAGAUGCAUGCUCACCACCAUCCUUAAAUGGUGACACCUGUCCCAUUGUUUUUUUUAUGAGAAUAAAAAAAUAAUUUGAAAAAGGGCCCGCAGCCCAU